UGGAGGAGAAGAGAAGGGCAAGGAGGGGCAGACAUGAAAGAGGAGGCUGCAAGGAGGGAGUGGCCAGGGCCCUUGUGGAAGAAUGGUGGAUGGAUGAUGGGAAGAGAGCCCUUGGAGACUGGGAGGUCUGCAGGCAAAGGGGGAGGAGAAACCGUCAGCCUGUGAGGAUAAAAGCCCACGUGUACCUUUCUUGGACGUCCUGUUGCUUCAGCUUCGACCACUGCCACCAAAAGCUCCAGAGGAACCCAGAUAAGGAGAAGAUCUAGCCGAUCAAUCAACAUCCAAUCAUGAGCCACUCCACCGUCCGCACUUCUUACCGCCGCACUUUCGGCGCACCUUCCUACUCAGCCUACACCCCACUCCCGUCCCGUUUGCCCGUGUCUGGAGGCCGCUACCUCAGCUCGGUACCUCCCUCUGUGACCACUCGUUCGGUGGGCUACCGGAUGCGCUCCGCCACCCCCACCCCGGCCCCACGCCUGUCCUAUGAAAAGGUGGACUUCUCUCUGGCCGAAGCCAUCAACCAGGAGUUCCUGGCCACACGCAGCAACGAGAAGCAGGAGCUGCAGGAGCUGAACGAUCGCUUUGCCAGCUUCAUCGAGAAGGUGCGCUACCUGGAGCAGCAGAACGCCGGCCUUCAGCUGGAACUCAACCAGUACAAGGGCAAGCACCAGCAGGGCCAACCCAACCGGGCCAGCGAGAUGUGCCAGCAGGAGAUGAGGGAGCUGCGCAGGCAGAUGGAGCUGAUCGGCAAGGAGCGGGACCAGGUCCAGGUGGAGCGAGACAACUUAGCAGAGGAUCUGGCCUUGCUCAAGCAGAGGCUGGAUGAGGAGAGUCAGAAAAGACAGGAUUCAGAGAACCAACUGGUCCUGUUCCGAAAGGACGUUGAUGAUGCCACUCUGGCCCGCUUGGAGUUGGAGAGGAAGAUUGAGUCACUGAUGGACGAGAUAGAGUUCCUCAAGAAGAUACAUGAUGAGGAAAUCCAGGAUGUGCAAGUAAGCAUUGAGACCCAGCAGAUGAAGAUGGAGGUGGAGGCCACAGUUCGUCCUGACCUGACCUCAGCCCUGAGGGAAAUUAGGGCCCAAUAUGAAAGCAUUGCAACCAAGAACAUGCAGGAGUCUGAGGAGUGGUACAAGUCCAAGUUUGCUGACCUGACAGAUUCUGCAAAGCGCAAUGCUGAUGCUUUGAGACAGGCCAAGCAAGAGACCAAUGAGUUCAGGAGGCAGAUCCAGGGUCUCAACUGUGAGAUCGAUGCCCUCAAGAGCACGAAUGAGGCUCUGGUGAGGCAGAUGAGGGAAAUGGAGGACCAGUUUGGUGUGGAGGCUGGCAACUACCAGGACAACAUCACUCGUCUGGAGGAAGAGAUCCGCCACCUGAAGGAUGAAAUGUCCCGUCACUUGAGGGAAUACCAGGACCUGCUUAAUGUCAAGAUGGCUCUAGACAUUGAGAUUGCUACCUAUAGGAAGUUGCUAGAAGGGGAGGAGAGCAGAAUCGUGGUUCCCAUGAUGAACAUAACAUCAAUGAGCAUGCGCAAUGGGGAGUUUGACCAGCCUGCUGAUGUUGGACAUGGCAAGAAAGUUGUGAUCAAAACCGUUGAGACCCGUGAUGGAGAGGUGGUGAAGGAGUCAAGGAAGGAGAGAGAAACCCCCCGUGAUUCCAAGGAUGCCCGUGAUCAACGAGAAUCUGACUGAGCUGAUUAUUAGAGCACGCUGUUAAUGAGCGCUUGUUCCAGGCUCUACAACAG